AUGCAUGUCAUCAGUGUUCACUUCACAGGCAAGGAUGAAGGCGUCGAGCAAUACGAGGUCGAACUGUUCAGGACGUUCUCCAAGCAAGUCCACUAUGGAGACGCUAAGACACCUCAUGAGUUCGCGCCGGUCAUCUUUCAAUCCCUCGUUGCCAUGAUCGAGUGGCCUGGAUGGCUUACUGACAGUGUCGAAGCUUUGAAGGCAGUCCUCUACAAAGAUGGAUCCAUCUCGCACUGGGCACCUACCGAGUUCCAUCCCCAACCCCAACAGGAUCUCGACAAUGGCUGGGAGGUCAUACCCGACACCACCAUCCCAGUCUAUGACCAUGUGAUGUUGGAAAGCCUUCAUAUGCCUGCAAUUCAUGACAUCUGGCUUUUGGUGCUGGAUUGGGUGGAAGUGACCACCAGUCUCACCUGGUCCACACUCUGGGGCAACUUCAUUCUGGCCGAUUUCUUUUUCACCUCGCUUGAUAUUCACUCUACCAUUGGUGCCAUGCUAUCACUACUGCAGGCUCACUUGCACUUCGAGGAGGUUAUCAAUGCGAUUCUUGCUGGCACCCUUACCCACGAAAAGGUGCAGAUUCAGGUGGCUUCCCAGCUGCUGACCUUUAUCGCAAAUUGCACUGUUGUUGACCGCCAUGAUCUGUCGUUCCUUGGCUUUACUUGUCCACUUCUCGUUGGCUGA